AUGGCCCAGGCCUCUCGUUUCACAUUCGCUUUUUAUAUACUCGCCCUCCCCCACGUCUUUCUUUCGGCUGUUGCGCUGUCGUUAGACUAUUGCUCGUCUACAAACACUGGAGCGGGCUUCGAAUCCAUAUUCAGCACUUUUCAAUCAAAUGGGGCCUGUCGUGAUACUUGCUCCAAGGGAUACGCGGUUGCAAUCCUGCAGGGCAGAUCGUGCUGGUGUUCUAAUGCCGUACCGGGCGGAACAACCUCAAUUGACGAUUGCAACGAAUCAUGUCCUGGGUACCCAUCAGACAAGUGCGGAAAUUCUUCAAAAGAUCUUUUCGCUUAUAUAUUGCUCAAGAAACCGUCUAAAACCGUAGGCCAGACAAGUCAAACAUUGCAGUCGCACUUUGGCCCUGAACCUUCGACAAAGCUGGAUACGUAUUCAUCCUUUUUGACAAUUACACAGGCCAAUUCUCAAUCUGCAAUUACCGUGACUGUCACUAAUUCGCAGAGCGGGGUCAUCUCAUCCUCUAGUCGAACCACCUCAUCAGCUUCAACAUCCGGCGCAAAUAAACCUAUUCAAACCGUACUUGGACCCGUUGUUACUCAGACAAUUUCCCCUGACGCAAGCCAAACCGCCGUACCCAGAGAAGUUUCUUCAUUAAGUGGUGGUGCGAUAGCCGGCAUUGUUAUAGGAACUUUACUAGCUGUUGGCCUUAUCAUCUCAAUGAUGCUAUGGGUUUUCUGUAUCCGUCGACGCCAGGAAAAAAAUAUGAAUGAUGAUAUGGACCCAUUUGAGCGCUCCGUGCCGUCUCCAAGUUUCCAGACGACGCUCCAGACUCCAGCCAUGGCUUACAACCACAGAGGCAUCAAACCAAUGAACGGUGGAGUGGGUUCGAACGACCGAAGUCGCCUAAGUGUACCGGCCUUUACGGAUAGUCGCAUGACAAAUGACGUGGCUAUCUAUUCGAAUGGAAAUCGGCAGAGCAAUAUUUCUUUGCAAGACAAUCAGGAUUAUUCGAGGCCCGUUUUGAGACUAACCAACCCGGAUUAA